UAUUAUCUUCGCUCCCAAACAGACUAGGGUUUAGUGUUUGGAUGCAUUUUCCUCAAGCUCGAUGGUUCUUAUCGUAGAUCGUUCUUCUUCUCGGCCAAGAGUUCCAUCGGGUCCGUGAUUGUUACUUCCACACGAAUCCAUUCUCUUUCUUCGCUUUCUUCUUGUACUUGAUCCUUCUCUCUCGCGGAAAUUUCCCUUGUGAUAGAUUCGGUUAUUCUCCGACGAAGAUCGUCUGACUUGGUCGUGUUCGAGUUCCAUCCUUGGCGACAUGUCUUGGUACCGAAGAACUAAGCUCGUCUUCAAUUCCCUGCGAAGCAAUAUUGCCUCGCAUCGUCCGAGGAUUAUUCCGGAAUCUCCAUAUUCCAAUACUUUUUCUCGGAUUCAUCAAAAUGGGUCUUCGAAUUCCUCAGUUAAGUUUCCUGGGUUCUCUUUAGUUUCUUCGCACAAAGUAGGUUUAGGCUUGUGUAACUCUCUCGGGAAGACGAACGCGAGUGCUUGUAACCUCUUCCUGAGCGGUCCGAAGAGAUUUUAUUACGUUGAUCGUAACCAGGUUCAUCAUUUCAAGCCACGGGGACCGAGACGGUGGUUCCAAAACCCUAGGACCGUGUUGACGGUAGUGCUUGUGGGUUCUGGGGUUCUGAUAACCGUGUAUUUUGGGAAUUUAGAGACUGUUCCUUACACGAAACGGAAACAUUUCGUUCUUUUGUCGAGAUCGAUGGAGAAACAGAUAGGUGAAUCUCAGUUUCAGCAAAUAAAAUCCGGGUUCAAGGGGAAAAUACUCCCUGCGAUUCAUCCUGAGAGCAUUAGGGUUAGGUUGAUUGCGAAGGAUAUAAUUGAUGCAUUGCAGAGGGGUUUGAGCCACGAGCGUGUGUGGAGCGACUUGGGGUAUGCAUCCAUGGAUGGUAGCUCUAUGAAUAAUGAGAGGGCAGUGAAAGAUACAGUAAUGGCGCUGAGUGAGAAUGCAAGCGAAGGGACAAUGAGUGGGAUGAAGUGGUCUAAAGAAGAUGAGAUUCUGGAUGACAAAUGGAUUCAGCAAAGCAGGAAGAAGGGUAAAGAGAAAGGGUCACACCCAGCGACUUCUCACCUUGAAGGGUUGAAUUGGGAGGUCCUUGUGGUUAACGAACCGAUGGUCAAUGCGUUCUGCUUGCCUGCUGGGAAGAUUGUCGUGUUCACUGGUUUGCUCGAACAUUUCAAGACAGAUGCUGAGAUUGCCACUGUAAUCGGGCAUGAGGUCGGUCAUGCUGUUGCACGGCAUGUUGCAGAGGGAAUCACGAAGAACUUAUGGUUUGCGAUCCUCCAACUGGUUCUCUAUCAGUUCGUCAUGCCCGAUCUUGUUAACACAAUGUCUGCACUUUUCCUGAGACUUCCUUUCUCCAGAAAGAUGGAGAUAGAAGCGGACUACAUCGGUUUGCUCCUGCUGGCGUCAGCGGGGUACGAUCCACGAGUAGCACCCAAAGUGUACGAGAAGCUGGGGAAGCUGGGGGGAGACUCGUCUCUACGGGAUUACCUUUCGACGCAUCCCUCGGGGAAGAAGAGGGCUCAGCUGUUGGCUCAGGCUAAUGUCAUGGAAGAAGCCCUCAUUGUUUACAGAGAAGUUCAAUCAGGCCGUGGCAUUGAAGGCUUUCUUUAG